UGCAUUCUAAAACAAAAUUUUUAUUGGUUUAGUUUUUUUAUGUGUUUGUUUGUAAAGUAAAGUUGCAGAUGGCGCCGUUGUGGUCAGUGCUCUUAUCGUUUCUCCUGUUCAUCAUCGCGUACACCUGGCUCCGACCAUCUCGUAACUUGCCUCCAGGUCCUUGGAACCUACCUGUGAUCGGUUAUUUGGCCUGGUUGAACCCUCAGUUUCCUUACCUGAGUCUAACUUCUCUCUCUAAAAAGUACGGUCCCAUCUACGGCCUCUAUCUCGGCAGCAUCUACACCGUGGUGAUCUCCGACGCCAAACUCGUCAAGAAAACCUUCAACAAAGACGCAUCCUCGGGUCGCGCGCCCUUGCACCUGACCCAUGGCAUAAUGAAGGGUUUCGGACUGAUUUGCGCCCAAGGCGACCUGUGGAAAGACCAACGCAAAUUCGUCCAUACCACUUUACGAACUCUUGGUGCUUCCAAAGUGAGUCCCAACCGCGCCAGCAUGGAAGCUCUGAUCAUGCACCACGUUUCAGAUCUUGUCGAACAUAUCAAAAGCCUCGGCGAAACCGUCACUUUAGACCCUCUAGACUCUCUACGCCAUAGCCUCGGCUCGGCCAUCAACCAAAUGGUGUUCGGCAAGGCUUGGUCGCGUGACGACGACACAUGGAAGUGGCUGCAACAUCUUCAGGAAGAGGGGACGAAGCACAUCGGUGUCGCCGGUCCUUUGAAUUUUUUGCCGUUCUUAAGGUUUUUACCAAAAUCAAAACAAACAGUACAUUUUUUAAUCGACGGAUUACGAAAAACACACAAAAUUUAUAGGGAAAUAAUCGAUGAACAAAAGAGUUUGGGUGAUGGGAAUAUCAGCAAUUUUAUCCAAGCGUUUCUUGCUGAGAAAGAGAAACGGAAAAAUGAAGACAGUGAGAGGUUUUAUAGCGAUCAGCAGUUUCAUUACUUGUUGGCUGAUAUUUUUGGGGCGAGUUUGGAUACGACUUUGACCACUUUGAGAUGGUACGUGUUGUAUAUGGCCGUCCACCAAGAAGUUCAAAAAAAAGUGCGGCAACUUUUGAACGAUAUUUCACUUGAAGAUAUCUCUUUGGUGCCAUAUUUUGAAGCCACCAUUGCUGAGGUUCAGAGAAUUAGACCGGUGGUACCUGUCGGUAUUCCACACGGAAGUUUAGAAGAACUCGAAAUUGACCAUUAUAGGAUUCCUCCAGGCACUAUGAUAGUCCCUCUACAAUGGGCAAUCCAUAUGGAUGAAAAAAUUUGGGAUGAACCUGAGACUUUCAAGCCUGAAAGAUUCCUCAAUGAGGAAGGGAAAUUUUUCAGGCCUGAAUCUUUUAUUCCUUUUCAAGCGGGUAAAAGAAUGUGUGUCGGUGAAGAAUUGGCUCGAAUGUUCCUCUACCUCUUCGGUGCUACGUUGAUAAAAAAUUUCGACAUCAAGUGUGUGGGAAAAGUUGAUUUGACCGGUGAUUGUGGUAUCACUUUGACUCCAAAACCUCACGAAUUAAUUUUUACAAGUUUGUAAUUGGUGUAGUAGGGGAAAAAAUAAAGUCAGUUUUCUAUUAAAAUUAAAAAAAUUAUAUUAAAUUCAUCGCUAACAAGUAAUCUUAAAGUUAUCAUCUUGUACAGUUAGCAAGAUCAAAAAAUAAAAUAGGGUGAUAUUUACAAGUCGCUUAGCCUAAAAUGAUAAAAUGGUGUGAAAGUUGCCAAUUUUCAGCAGGUAACGUGAAAUAAUGGUAUAAAAAAGGCAACUGGAUUUGAUGACGUGACUAGCACACAAGUUAAUAAAAUAAAAAAAUAGUUAAUACUAACAAUGAAUGAACACUUGCAAUGCACAGCCGAACAAGUCGGAGAUCUCUUAUCUAAUUGAGGAAUGUCUAAGUACUGUGCCUCGAUAUAAAUUAUAGGAAACGCUUUCGGUCACCGUGCUCCUAACCCACUAGUGGCUUCCCGCCGGCCUGAUCGUGCCCAUCGAGUCCCAUUCCAUGGGUCUGGGCUUGAGACAGACUCGAAAAGCGUUGGGACUGAUCGUGACUCCCGCGACGCCCUUCAAACUCGGCAGCGUCUCACCUGCUGGUACGCAAAUAUCGAACGAGUGCAAAAGGGAGGAGAAGAAGGAGAAAAUCUCCAUCCGCGCCAAAAUCUCCCCCAAACACAUCCUCCUCCCGACUCCAAAAGGCAA